UAGUUAGUAUCUCGUUUUCCUCACUCAUUCAGUGUUUAUGUCUUCUUAUAUAAAUACGUGUAUGUUGCGAUUUUUAAUCUGUAAAAUAAUGUAAUUUUAACAUAUUAAUUAAAAAUUAUUUAAUCUGUGAUAACAUUUUAAGAAUACAUUGUGAAUAUUUUACUCAAAGCAAUGGAUUUGAGUGUGUGAAAAAUUAAUGUUUUUGUUUAUCACAAAAGGGUUAUAUAUUACAUAAAAAUGGUAAUCCAACUAUCAUCGCAAAUAAACAGCGCUAAAAAAGAAGAUGGCUUCGCGAAAAUCCUCGGCCACAUAGGACGGUGGCAGAUUUUAGUUUGCGCAACAGUUUCUCUUGUGAAACUGUCCUCCGGCUGGGUUCAAAUGGCAGUACUCUUUUUAACACCGAAAUUAAAUUUUUGGUGCAUUGAAUUUUCUAAUACAAGCCGAAUUGCUGAUAACUCAACGUGUUAUGACGAUUGUUUGAAAUACGAGUAUGAUCCGAGUCCAUUUGAGAACACGAUUGUAUCAGAAUGGGAUCUGAUCUGCAGCAGGAGUUGGUUGGCGAGCUUCACACAGACAGUCCUGCAGUUUGGGAUACUAAUCGGCAGUAUUGUGUUUGGAUUUCUCUCUGAUAGAUAUGGCAGAAAGAACACGUUCCUUGUCUCGAUAACGGCUCUCAUCGUCUUGGGAUUCGCCAUCCCUUUCGCACCAGAUUACAUCACAUUUACAGUCCUCCGGUUCUUCCUCGGUAUUGCAACAUCGGGCACUAUGGUCGUGUCUUUCGUACUCAUCAUGGAGACAGCAGGCCCCAACUUUAGGGAGAUAUUGGGCUGCUUGUUCCAAAUCCCUUUUAUUAUAGGACAUAUGAGUGUGCCUUUAUUUGCGUAUUUCUUCAGGAGUUGGGACUCUUAUUGUUUAGCAUUAGCAAUACCUCCUGUUAUAUAUUUUGGAUACUUUUUCUUGCUGACGGAAUCACCACGAUGGCUGGUCAGUGUCGGACGGGUGAAAGAGGCAACUGUUAUUGUGAAGAGAGCUUGUGAAAUGAAUAACUUACCAACAACUAAAGUAGAAGAGAAUCUCAGUAAAUUAGCACAAAGUAUACAGAGCAGUAGCUCUGGACCGAAGUUAAACUACUCUGCGCUGUUCCGCAAAUCAUUGCGACUGAGGACGGCCUGCUGCUGUGUCAUGUGGACCAUCAGUGGGCUAACGUUCUUCGGUUUCAACCAGUACAUCAGCCAGACUAGCCCUGAUCCUUUCAUCAGCGUUGCAGCAGCUGGGGCUAUACAGAUUCCAUCGAAUCUUCUAUCAAUAUGGUUGAUAAAGUACUUUGGGAGAAAGAUCACAACAGUCAUGUUCUUCACACUCGGGGGCGUGUGUGUGGUGGUGCUGGGGGUGGUUCCUGAUCAUUUCUGGAUCACGUUGACCCUCGGAACAUUAGGAGUCAGCUGCGCAGCCAUAGUUGCUUCUACCAUAUACAUUUAUACCUCGGAACUAUUCCCGACUGUAGUCAGAAACAUGGCUAUGGGUUCAAGUUCAAUGUCAAUGAGGAUUGGAUCCAUGAUAGCACCGUUUGUAUCCAAUUUAUCAUUAACAGUGUCAUGGCUACCUACCUUGAUAUUCGGUUUUGCGCCAAUAGCGGCUGGGAUUGUCUGUUUAUUACUUCCAGAGACGAAAGGAACGACUCUACCUGAUAGUUUAGAAGACGAUUAAGUUUAUUUCAUAAUUUAUUUUUAAUUAUAAUGUAAUUAAAUACAAUUUUUAAUUUACAAUUUUAUUUCCCAUGACAUCUAAAUUGUUUUCCUUGUUUUUUUUUGACGCAGAUAUGAAUAAAUGUUUUUUGUAACAAAUAU